UAACCUAGAAGAAGCUAGGGGCCCGCCCAUCCACAUUAAUCGACGGCUAAAAGACGUGACCAAAGUGGCAAACUCCCUAUAAAGAAGUCAUAUAUAACCUCCCACUAUCAGCCCCCAAAGCCUCAUCACUUACACCACAAGUCUUGUUCUAGUGUUCUCACUGAGACAUUUCCACAAACACCUUCACGACAACCCCAUCAAGAUUCAAAACCUCUUGCAAUUAAUCAAACCACCAUGGCUAGAUCUCAACAGCGAUACAGAGGAGUUCGUCAAAGACAUUGGGGAUCUUGGGUCUCCGAAAUUCGCCACCCUCUCCUGAAAACAAGAAUAUGGUUAGGCACAUUUGAGACAGCAGAGGAUGCAGCACGAGCGUACGACGAAGCGGCUAGGCUUAUGUGCGGUACGAGAGCGCGAACUAACUUCUGUUACGAUGCCGAACAGGGGUCACAGUCGUCCUCUUCAAAGUUACUGUCUGCAGCUUUGAGAGCUAAAUUACAUAAAUGCCAUAUGACAUCUCUUGGAUUAACGAACAAAACAGUCGCGGCUAACAAAGAAGUUAAACAAACUCAACGUCAGUCACCUUGUUCUUCUGAGACAGGGGAUUUCACGGUGCAUAGUGGCAAUUGUGGAAAUAUGGUGAAAUGGGAGGAUAAAAUAGAUAAUAUACAACAUUACAAGUCUAUUGAAGAUGAGCAUAUAGAACAGAUGAUAGAGGAGCUGCUACAUUAUGGGACAAUUGAGUUUUGUUCUGUUUUACAAAACUAGACCCGAAAUGUCGAAAUGUCAUACGAGGAGUGAAACUUUGUCGCCCAAUGGUGAUGCACACUAGCUUGGUAAAUAUGAUCAACAUCCGAGAACAAGAUCUUUCGGAUAAUACUGAAAAUGUCACAACCACAGGACAAAUCGAAUAGAACUAUGACGGAUGGAGCAUCAUGUUAUUGUCGUUAUGGUUAUUUACUUCGUUUCACUUUGUACCAAAGAUUAAUAGUUGAGUACUCGAGUAUAGUUGGAUAUUAUAUCGUAGGAUGCCAUAUUAUGUGAUCGUCUUUCCGUGAAUUGUAAUAUGUUCUAUCGGGCUAUUUAUCAUCGAAAAGAAAAGCGAUUGUUAUGUAUAGAGGCUCGUACGGUUAAAAAGUA